AUGUGGAGGCGACGCGCAAUGAGUUUCGUGCGCGCGGGCAUCAGAACCAAGAUGCACGACCACCUAGAUCACGUGACCGGCCUGGAAAAGCGGGAGCUACUCGCACACCUCGCCGGCGACUGCGACCCAUUUCGCAUGAUGGCUAUUAAGAAAGGUCCUGGUACUUGGGCGUGUCCGAAUCUCAUUCCUAGUGCGUUUAACAAGCGGAUUGUUGGUUGCGUCUGCUUCCCGGAGACCAACCACAUCGAGUACAUGUGGCUCCACCUAGGAGAGCCGAAGCGCUGCGGCUGUGGGUACUGGUUCGAGUUGUGUCCAGUCGCACCGCUAUAGAUGGUUCAGUCAUAUGCAAUUUUCUUUUGUGUUUUGAUACUUUAAGUUUUUACAGUCACAUGCUAAAACACUUUAAUAUUUUUAAUGCAUUUAUGUAUGGCUAAUUUAUGCAGAUACAGAGAUAUAAAAUUCUUGAAUAAGAUGUGUUUGUUGAGU